AGCAAAAGUAAAACUAAUGCUUUAAGAAAAAAAGAUCGUAACAAAUAUACCCUCUGUUAUAUAGAUGAUAGUUAUCUAUAUAUAUAUUGGAAGAAAAGGAUAAGUUUUUAUUUAAAGAUGAUGAGAGUUUUGGUAUUUUGGUUUUUGGUGGCGGUGACGGCGGUGGUGACGGCAGUCAAUGUGACGUAUGAUCACCGGGCAUUGGUGAUCGACGGAACACGGCGAGUGUUAGUUUCUGGUUCUAUUCAUUAUCCAAGAAGUACACCUGAUAUGUGGCCAGGGCUAAUUCAGAAAUCAAAAGAAGGAGGAUUGGAUGUGAUUGAAACUUAUGUUUUCUGGAAUUUGCAUGAACCUGUUAAAAAUCAGUAUGACUUUGAAGGUAGAAAAGAUUUGGUCAAAUUUGUGAAAUUAGUGGCUGAUGCUGGUCUUUAUGUUCAUCUUCGAAUCGGACCUUAUGUUUGUGCUGAAUGGAAUUAUGGUGGGUUUCCGCUCUGGUUACAUUUCAUACCUGGAAUUGAGCUUCGAACAGAUAAUGAGCCUUAUAAGGCUGAAAUGAAGCGAUUUACAGCCAAGAUAGUUGGCAUGAUGAAGGAUGAAAAUCUUUAUGCAUCUCAGGGUGGACCUAUAAUCUUAUCUCAGAUUGAGAACGAAUAUGGUAAUAUUGAUGACAAAUAUGGGCCUGCUGGGAAAAGUUAUAUUAAAUGGGCAGCGAGUAUGGCAACAUCUUUGAAUACAGGAGUGCCAUGGGUUAUGUGCCAACAAAAGGAUGCUCCUGAGUCAGUGAUAAACACUUGCAAUGGGUUCUACUGUGAUGGGUUCACUCCAAAUUCUAAAAACAAGCCUGCAAUGUGGACUGAAAACUGGACAGGAUGGUUUCUUUCUUUUGGUGGCGCAGUGCCCUAUCGACCAGUAGAAGAUAUUGCGUUUGCGGUUGCACGCUUUUACCAAAGAGGCGGGACCUUUCAAAACUACUACAUGUACCAUGGUGGGACUAAUUUUGGUCAUAGUACUGGAGGACCAUUCAUUGCAACAAGUUACGAUUAUGACGCUCCACUUGAUGAGUAUGGAGCGCCUCGACAACCUAAGUGGGGCCAUUUAAAUGAAUUACACAAGGCCAUAAAGCUUUGUGAAGAGGCGUUGGUGGCAACCAACCCAAAAUAUACUUCUCUUGGUCACAAUGCAGAGGCUCAUGUGUAUAAGACAUCAUCAACAUGUGCUGCUUUUUUGGCGAAUAUAGAUUCACAAAAUGAUGCAACUGUGACUUUUAAUGGCAAUUCUUACCACUUACCAGCUUGGUCUGUUAGCAUCUUGCCUGACUGCAAGAAUGUAGUGUUCAACUCUGCAAAGAUAAACUCUGUGUCUACCAUCCGAAAGUUUGUAACUACAAGUGUUAGUGAUGAGUCAGGUGCUUCAGAGGCGAUUUCAUCUGACUGGAGUUAUGUUAGUGAGCCAGUGGGGAUCUCGAGUGAUGAUGCAUUCAAUAGACCAGGAUUAUUGGAGCAAAUUAAUACCACAGCCGAUCAAAGUGAUUAUUUAUGGUAUUCAUUAAGAGCUGACAUUAAAGGUGACGAGCCCUUCCUUCACGAUGGAUCUCAAACGAAUCUUCAUGUGAAAUCACUCGGUCAUGUUUUUCAUUUAUUUGUUAAUGAUCAACUUGAAGGUAGUGCAACUGGGAGUGCAUCACAACCUCAGAUAUCUAAGGAUAUCCCCAUCACCCUUAAGUCCGGAAAGAACAAAAUUGAUAUCUUGAGUUUGACUGUUGGACUUCAGAACUAUGGUGCAUUUUUUGAUAAAACAGGUGCAGGCAUUACUGGUCCAGUGGAACUCAUGGGAUUAACAAAUGGGUCGUCUGUUGACCUUUCAUCCAAGCAGUGGACAUAUCAAAUUGGACUCAAAGGAGAAGCACUAGGCCUAAACACUGGUGGUUCAUCACUAUGGGUAUCAGGGUCACCUAAAAGCCAACCUUUGACUUGGUAUAAGACCAAUUUUGAUGCCCCGUCGGGUGAUAACCCAGUAGCGAUAGACUUCACUGGGAUGGGGAAAGGCGAGGCUUGGGUCAAUGGUCAAAGCAUCGGGCGUUAUUGGCCAGCUUAUAUCGCUCCAACUAGUGGUUGUUCAGAUUGUAGUUACAAGGGCUCAUAUAGUUCAUCAAAAUGCCUCAAGAAUUGUGGGAAACCAUCGCAAAAGCUGUACCAUGUACCUCGAUCAUGGUUAAAACCAAGUGGGAAUGUAAUGGUCUUGUUUGAGGAAAUAGGAGGGGAUCCUACAAGAAUCUCUUUCGCAACACAAGAGUUGGAAAGUUUGUGUUCACAUGUUUCGCAAUCUCAUCCUCUACCAGUAGACACUUGGAGUCAAGAUAAGUCAAGAAUAAAGUCAAAGUCAGAGCCAAGAGUUUCGCUCGAGUGCCCUCAUCCUAAUCAAGUCAUCUCUUCAAUCAAAUUUGCUAGCUUUGGAACUCCUCAAGGGAAAUGUGGAAGUUUCAGUCAUGGUAAAUGCCGAAGUACCAACGCCCUUUCAGUCAUACAAAAGGCUUGCAUAGGGUCAAGGACUUGUAACGUUGGAGUUGCGACUGCUACAUUUGGUGAUCCUUGUAUAGGUGUAGUGAAAAGUUUAGCAGUAGAAGCUUCAUGUGCAUGAAAAAAUAACACGUGAACAUGUCUCUUAUUUAUAGAAUAAAAUUAUAUUAUAUCGAUAAUAAUCAAAUUUGGAAGGCUUUCUUUCCAUUAUUAAUACAAUUUAAUAGAAAAUCAGAAGAUGAAAUUGUAACA